GGAUGACAUGCGAUUGGCCCGUUCCAGCCCGCGUUUUGAUUGGGUGCCGCUGCAGGUUUGGUGAGGGGGUAGGGCCCGAGCGGGAUGGAGGACCAAAGGAGAUGGCCAAUCGAUAUACAGACCAGCAAGCUCUUGGAUUGGUUGGUGGAUAGACGGCAUUGCAAGCUGAAAUGGCAGAAUGCGGUGUUGGUAAUUCGGGAGAAAAUCAACAAUGCAAUCCAGGAUAUGCCGGAGAAUGAGGAAAUCAAACAGCUCCUGUCAGGAUCAUAUAUCCAUUAUUUCCAUUGCUUGAGAAUUAUAGAAAUUCUCAGAAGGACAGAAGCUUCUACGAAGAAUAUUUUUGGUGGUUACUCCUCUCAGCGAAUGAAGGACUGGCAGGAGAUAGUGUGUUUGUAUGAAAAAGACAACGUCUAUCUCGCUGAACUCUCAAGUUUACUCGUGCGAAAUGUAAAUUAUGAAAUUCCAUCUUUGAAGAAGCAGAUUAGUAAGUGCCAACAGCUGCAGCAGGAGUACAGCCGCAAGGAACUGGACUAUAUCAACAACGCAGCCACUUUACGGGAGAAGUUUUUCAUUUCCUGCAAGCAGUUUGGAAUAACGGGCAGUGAUGUCCGACAGGAGCUGCUAUCCCUCUGCAAUGACCUCCCGUCUGGCCUCGAUGGUAUUGCUGAGAGGACCAGUGACCUUACUGAUGCCCUGGAACUAUACGAAGCCUGUGUGGAGUUUGUGUGUGGCAGUGUCUCCGAACCCAUUGCUCCCUUGCUGAAACACGUUCAACUGAAAGGAAACACAACUGUCUAUGAGUGGAGAACUGGACAGGCACCUUCAGCCAUUGAGCUGCCAGUUAAUGUAGAGGUACAACAGCCAACAGAGCCCACAGACACGAUUGACUGGGAAGAUGACGGGGUGUCUGGAGUGGAUCAGUCAGGUGAUAUCGAUUGGGGAAUCACAGUAGAAGAGAGCAAUGAGGUGAACAACAAGGAGCCAGCUGCUGAUGCGAUCGACUGGGGAGAAGAUACAAGUGCUGCCGUGGAAAUUGACAUAGUGCAGUCUGGGACCGAAGGUGAUGGAGUGGCAAAGGAGAAUGAUGCUCUAACUAUCCUGGAAAACUUGGAAACCAGGAACCAGUUCAUUAAUGAACUCAUGGAGUUACAGGAUUUCUUGAGCCAGAGACUUGUGGAGAUGAAUGAGGAAGCAGACAUCCUCUCCAUCAACCAGUUUCAGACAGCCCCAGCUAUUGUCCAGGGUCAGGACGUCACCAAGGUUGUUGCCAUGACAACGCUAGUGAAGGACCUCAUCCAGAGACUGACCAAUGUAAAGAUGCGGCAUCUCUUCAUGAUCCUUGCCUCCCCCAGAUACAUAGACCGUGUGACUGAGCUCCUGCAACAGAAGCUGAAACAAGCAGGCACCGUGGGAGAAAAGCAGCAUCUGAUGGUCAAGAAGCGACAGCAAUCUCUGGAGGAACAAGCUGCCCUUGAACCCAAACUGGACCUUCUAAUCCAGCAAACCAAAGAGCUUCGCAAGCUAAUUGAGGCUGAUAUCUCCAAACGGUACCGGAACCGCCAGGUGCACCUGAUGGGGGUCAUUGUCUGAUGGUGAGUUGCCUGGUGCCUGGGUCCCAUGGACGUUCCUGCUCACUCUCCGAAUUCGUCGGUACCUGCUUGUGAACGUUCUGCUCACACCAAAGACUGAAAAUUUUACUGAAGAUUUAAACAAAAAUGAAUGAAAUGAAGACCCUAAUCUCCAAUCACCAAUGUACUUUCAGAAUUGUGAGAUGUUUAAAGACUGAAACUCGCUGUGUCCCCUCUUGAAGACAUGGAAGGGAAAGAUUUUUAAAGCCCUUGAGUAUUACUGAUAUACAAGCAGGUGUAUACUUGUUAACAUCUUGUUACUGAAUAAAUUGCAUUUUUCUCCUGG